CCUCCUCCUACCCCUGUCCGGGCAUCUGCUUAGGGCACCGGCCUCCCUUGCUCCCUGUUGGGGGCUGCAGUUCAGCACCACGUUAGUGGACAGCGCUCGUGCUACAGCCUCAGUAACAAGUUCUCCAGAGACCAAUCUCCCCGCUGCAUUAGACCAAGCUCUGUGAGAGCCUAUCCCGGAGAGGGAAGUCAGUCGGUGGCAUGUAAAGGGAUCUCCUUUACAUUUUCUUUGAUUUCAUCUUUACUGUUCCAUAAAAACCUGGGGUAAUGAAGUCAAUUCUGGAUGGCCUAGCGGAUACUACAUUCCGAACAAUCACAACUGACCUUUUAAACAUGGGAUCAAAUGAUGUACAGUAUGAAGACACUAAGGGAGAUAUAUCCAAACUGGGAUAUUUCCCACAGAAGCUACCUUUGUCCUCCGUAAGGGCAGGUCAAGAAAAAUUCCUAAUAAUAGACAAUACCUUAUUAAAUGCCAGUCCCCUGAAUCAAAUAAACGCAACUGCGCUUUACAACAAUUCAAUUCCUUCUUUCAAAAAUCAUGAGAACAGUGCACAAUGUGGGGAAAACUUCAUGGAUAUGGAGUGCUUUAUGAUUCUUAACCCAAGCCAACAACUAGCCAUAGCAGCACUCUCAAUAAUCUUGGGUACAUUUACUGUCUUGGAGAACAUGCUUGUGCUUUGUGUUAUAUUGCACUCUCGCAGCUUACGGUGUAGGCCUUCAUACCACUUUAUUGGCAGCUUGGCAGUUGCUGAUCUCCUUGGCAGUGUCAUUUUUGUUUACAGUUUUGUAGAUUUUCAUGUGUUUCAUCGAAAGGACAGCCCAAAUGUUUUUCUUUUUAAACUGGGUGGAGUGACAGCCUCUUUUACAGCCUCAGUUGGAAGUCUUUUCUUAACUGCAAUAGACAGAUAUAUCUCUAUACACAGACCUUUGUCAUAUAAACGAAUAGUCACAAGGACAAAAGCAGUAAUAGCAUUUUGCAUGAUGUGGACAAUAGCUAUUAUCAUUGCAGUACUUCCUCUUCUGGGGUGGAAUUGCAAGAAACUUAACUCAGUGUGCUCAGAUAUUUUCCCUCUUAUUGAUGAAACAUAUCUAAUGUUUUGGAUUGGGGUUACUAGUGUUUUAUUGUUAUUUAUAGUUUAUGCCUAUGUAUAUAUUUUAUGGAAAGCUCACACCCAUGCUGUAAGGAUGCUGCAGCGUGGUACACAAAAGAGCAUCAUUGUUCACACAUCAGAAGAUGGAAAAGUACACAUCACUAGACCGGAUCAAACUCGUAUGGAUAUUAGAUUAGCAAAGACACUGGUCCUUAUUUUAGUAGUGCUAAUAAUCUGUUGGGGUCCUCUUCUUGCAAUUAUGGUCUAUGAUGUCUUUGGAAAAAUGAACAAGCUCAUAAAGACUGUGUUUGCCUUUUGCUGCAUGCUUUGCUUGCUUAAUUCAACUGUGAAUCCCAUAAUAUAUGCUCUAAGGAGCCAAGACUUAAGAAAUGCUUUCUGUAGCAUGUUUCCUGCAUGUGAGGGGACGUCACAACCCCUUGAUAACAGCAUGGAAUCUGACUUCCAGAAUAGACAUGCAAAUAAUAGUAAUGUCCACAGGGCAGCUGAGAGCUGCAUUAAAAGCACUGUUAAAAUCGCCAAAGUGACCAUGUCUGUUUCUACAGAUACAACUGCUGAGGCAGUGUAAGUUGAUAUUGAU